AUGGGCGGCGUGUGUCGGGGUGCGUUGUUGCGGCUGCUGGUGCUGCAGGCGUCCUGGGCGUUGAUCGGCGGGCAGGUGCGGUACUCGGUGCCGGAGGAAGCGAAGGCCGGGACGGUGGUGGGCCGGCUGGCGCAGGACCUGGGCCUGGAGGCGGGCGAGCCGGAGGCGCGUCGGCUGCGGCUGGUGGCGCAGGGCCGGCGGGCGAGCGUGGAGGUGAGCGGGGCGCUGGUGGUGAGCUCGCGGCUGGACCGGGAGGAGCUGUGCGGGAAGAGCGCGCCGUGCGCCCUGCGCCUGGAGGUGCUGGUGGAGCGGCCGCUGCGCGUCUUCCACGUGGAGCUGGAGGUCACCGACAUCAACGACAACGCCCCGGUCUUCCCCGCCGCCCGCAAAAACCUCAGCAUCGCGGAAUCGUCGCUGCCGGGGACUCGGUUCCCUCUGGAGGACGCGUCGGAUGCAGAUGUCGGAGCCAACGCGCAGCUGUCCUAUAGCCUCAGCCCCAGCGAGCAUUUCAGAGUAGAGGAAGAAAAUAGUAAUUCGCGCAGUAAAUCCCUGUUUCUGGUGCUCGCGAAACCUCUGGACCGCGAGACGAUGCCGAUUCACCGUCUGUUGCUGACGGCGAGCGAUGGGGGCCGCCCGCCGCUGGCGGGCACUGUGGAGCUGGUGAUCUCGGUGCUGGACGUGAACGACAAUGCGCCCCAGUUCAAUCAGUCGGUGUACAGCGUACUUUUGCCCGAAGACGCCUUAGAGGGCACGCUGGUGGCACGGGUGAACGCCACGGAUCCGGACUUUGGAGUAUAUGGUGAAGUGAUUUACGAAAUGGAUACAGUUGUUCCUCCCUUGGCGUCAGCUGCAUUCAGCAUCGAUCCGAAGAGAGGGGAGAUUAGACUGACGGGCGCCCUGGAUUUUGAGACCGUUACUUUAUACAACCUACACGUUAAAGCUAGAGAUGAAGGGACUCCCCCGCUGUCGGGUCACUGCAAGGUGGUGGUGGAGGUGCUGGACGUGAACGACAACGCGCCGGAGGUGUGGGUGACGUCGCUGUCGUUGCCGGUGCCGGAGGACGCGGCGGUGGGGACGGUGGUGGCUCUGCUGAGCGUGUCGGACCGGGACUCGGGGGCGAACGGGCGCGUGCGCUGCUCGGUGUGGCCGGCGGCGCCGUUCGGUCUGGUGUCGACGUUCGCGGGGUCGUACUCGCUGGUGCUGCGGGAGGCGCUGGACCGGGAGCGGGUGUCGGAGUACGAGGUGGAGGUGCGGGCGGAGGACGGCGGGGCGCCGCCGCUGCGCGCCAGCCGCGGUCUGCGGGUGCCGGUGUCGGACGUGAACGACAACGCGCCGGCGUUCGCGCAGGCCGUGUACACGGUGCUGGUGCGGGAGAACAACGCGGCGGGCGCGGAGCUGGCGCGGCUGUGGGCGCGGGACCCGGACGAGGCGGGCAACGGUCGCGUGAGCUACUCGGUGUCGGAGGGCGGCGGCGGGGCGUCGGUGUCGAGCUACGUGUCGGUGGACGCGGAGAGCGGGCGUCUGUGGGCGCUGCAGCCGCUGGACUACGAGGAACUGCAGGUGCUGCAGUUCGAGGUGCGGGCGGUGGACGCGGGGGAGCCGGCGAAGUGCGGCAACGCCACGGUGCAGCUCUUCGUGCUGGACGAGAACGACAACGCGCCGGCGCUGCUGCCGCCUGCCGGCGGCGGGCCGGGCGUCGGGGCGCCGGGCUCGGCGGUGCCGGGGGCGCUGUGGGCGUGGGCGUCGUGGGGGGCGCCGGCGGGGCAGGUGGUGGCGAAGAUCCGCGCGGUGGACGCGGACUCGGGCUACAACGCGUGGCUGCGCUACGAGCUGUGGGAGCCGCGGGGCAAGGGCCCGUUCCGCGUGGGGCUGUACAGCGGCGAGGUGAGCACGGCGCGGGCGCUGGAGGAGGCGGACGGCCCGCGGCAGCGCCUGGUCAUCGUGGUGCGGGACCACGGCGAGCCGGCGCGCUCGGCCACGGCCACGCUGAGCGUGUCGCUGGUGGAGGGCGCCGAGGCGGCGCUGGCGGCCGCGGGCUCGUCGGGGUCGGGGCUGCGGCCGGCGGCGGAGGGCGGUGCAUCGGCGACGUCGGCAUCGGCGACGACGACGAACGUGUGGCUGGUGGUGGCGAUCUGCGCGGUGUCGAGCCUGUUCCUGCUGGCGGUGGUGCUGUACGGGGCGGCGCGCUGGGCGCCGCGGGCGGCCGUGCUGUCGGGGCCCGGGCCGGCCACGCUGGUGUGCGCCAGCGAAGUGGGGAGCUGGUCGUACUCGCAGCGCCAGAGCCGGAGCCUGUGCGUGGCGGACGGCGCGGGCAAGAGCGACCUGAUGGUUUUCAGCCCCAACUUCCCUCCGCCGCCCGGCCCCGCGGCGAAGGAGACGCAGCCGGAGGCUCCCGCUCUGCUGGACACGGUCAGUGGCGCUUCCUCCCUCCCUUUCACGCCUCUCUCCCUUUCCCCCUACGCUCUUUUUCCCCUGUCGCCGUUCUCGUUCGCCCGCUCCUUGGGCAGUCACGGAUGUGAGCCAGGCUCAGACCCCAGGUCCUGA